UGUGUAGAUUGUUUGGAAACUGUCUUUCAAGCGCUUGUUCCUCCAGACCAGCAGGCAGCGCUCAAGCAUUUGUUUCCUCCUUAAAUCCGCCUCAGGUUGUCCUUCCUGUUAUCAUUGGUUUGUUGCAUGUGUCGUCUGACAGAAGAAAGGAGAUCAUUGUGAAAUUUAAUGUUUUUUUGUGUAUCGAUACCUAUCCCAGCACCUGUGUUGUGUCACAGAGAAAACGGCACUUUAGGCUGUUGUUACCGGCUACAAAGUCGGUGCAGCCCGGCGGCUAUUUCUGGUUUAAUUUAGCUCCGGUGACACUUAUGUGACACCAGGUCAAGCAGUUGCUGAAUGAAUCGAAACUUUGAACCUUAAAACACUUUUUUGUCUGUUAAAUACCCCCUCCAGAGAGAGCCCUAGAGUUUGUGUCUCCCGCAGAUGACAGCGCUCUCUCCACGGUCCAAACAUCAUGUUUCACCGGGCGGGCAAAGAGUUUCUGGUCCGCAUACGGUUCUGCUGGCGGCCGCUGUUCCAGGGCCGAUACCUGCUGCUCACCAACACUCUGAGCGGCGGAGGUAUGCUGGCGUUGGGAGACAUCCUGCAGCAGACCCGAGAGACUUAUAAGGACCCGGUCCGAGUCCGGGACUGGAGCAGAACAGGCCACAUGUUUGUGGUGGGCUGCUCUCUGGGUCCAUUGAUGCACGUCUGGUACAAGUGGCUGGACAAAGCAUUCGUGGGAAAAUCAAUGAGCACUGUGAUCAAGAAAGUUCUGACGGACCAGGCGAUCGCCUCGCCGGUACUCGGGCUGUGGUAUUUUUUAGGUAUGAGUGUCAUGGAGGGAAACACUUUAUACGAUGGAUGGUUGGACUUAAAAAGCAAGUUCUGGGAAUUUCUGGUGGCGGACUGGUGCGUUUGGCCUGCGGCUCAGAUGAUCAACUUCUACUUUCUCGCACCCCAAUACCGCGUUGUGUACGUCAACACUAUCACCUUAGGGUGGGACACCUACCUCUCCUACCUCAAACACAGAGAUGACAGCCAGCCCUCUGAGCUGGUAUCAGACAGCAGUACUGUGGAUGUACAGCAGGAAACGCUGCCACAGUCCAAACCUCUGAAGGAGAAACCUUAGAAACAGAGUAUCGACAGACUGCUCCUCGCUCAAGUUUAAAACUGCUGCAUGUUUCUGUUCAAACUCAGAGGAGUUGUGGAUGUUUAAGUUGAAGUGCUGGAACACUUUUCCCUUCAUGUUUGUAAAGUUUUAAUGUGUCCCUGUCCAGUUUGUCUGUUUAUUUAUGCCUGAAGGAUGUCCAUUCCUGUAGGAGACGCAUUCAGGGAUUAAAAGCUGUUUCACUGCCUGUCAUGCUGA